AUGUUCGGUCAUGCCAAUCCUGGGACUGAUAGUCAUGGCAGCAGCGGGAAAGGUGAAAUGUGGUGGUGGGGAGCGGCAGAUGGCCAUCCCUCCAGCCCAGUCGAGCUUGCCGUCGUGCCGCAGAAGAAUUCGCGCUCGGACGACGCGGAGGACACGACAACGUGUGGUGGGCGUCAGGAGCAUUCGCCAAGAUUGCGCAAGCUGGGAGGGCUGCGACUGAUGCCUCUGCUGGUGACUGCGCUAGCAUCGCUGCAUCAUGGAUGGUUCCCAUGGUCGACUGGGUUGCCCCUUGUUGGCCAUGGAGGUCCUGCGCGUUCUUUGUUUUGCCUAACUCCUCAGUGCUCGCUGCUCAAAGCGAUUUGUUCCGCUUCCGCUUCUUGUCAAGCCACUCAAGCACUGGGAUUACCAUUCGUAUCGUUGACCCAACAGACGUCAGAUUACCAGCAUGUCUGGAAAGGGGGCCAAAGGACUUAUGGGCAAGGGCCCAGAGGGUCUGGACAAGCUAAGAGACAAAAAGAAGCCAAUUUCACGUUCUUCUAA